CGCCUAUUUAAAUACACUCUGGGCAUAUUUGUUCAAAUUUCAUGGCACUUGAAAUUUUGAGGUUUUCCAAAAUAUUUCGUCUUUUACCUGAUGGCCAUGGAACAAAUUAUCUAGUGUAUUUAUUUUCAUUUGGUGAUGUGAAGUCAGAUUAUUAUUUUUUUUUGUAAAUGUCACAUAAGUAAGUUUCUUUGGGCUUGUCCCUUUCGGGGUCGCCACAGCGUUUCUAUGUUUCGUAAAUUUCGUUCAGAUGUCGAGUGCUGACGCGAAACCGGUGACAUCAGUCGUGGAGGGGUUGUGUCAAUUCCGAGGCUCCCGUGAAAGCGUCACGGGGCUACGUACGUCACAGAGCGUGAACAAGAGGGGCCGGUUCUGCUGAGCGUUUCCGGAGGCGGAUAAUAAUCCCCAACCUUCCAAUUCCUAAUGCGAGCACGAAAGGCAUCGGCCCCCGACUCGCCGCUUUUUGGAAUGCAAUUCAACUUAUAAUAAAUUGAAAUUAAUUGUAGAUUUUGGACUCGUCGCGAUGUACAUUUUUGUGCGUCGUUUUCUUUAUUUUGUGAAAUAGCUAACCAAAAAAAAAAAAAAAAAGUCAAUCGUUUAUAAUGUGACAGCUGUCGCCGCGUAUGUAGUAUUUCCAUUUUUCGGAGGAGGGAGGGGGAUCAAACCAUCACCUGUAUCUCGUCGAGGCUCCAUGGCGACAUUUUAUUUGGCUCUCGCGAUCAUCGCGGCGGCGUUGUGGAGAGUCGGGGGUGAGCCCCGAACUCUGCCUUCCUCUCCUCCCUCGCCGUCGAACGCGACGUCGGCAGUGUCGUCGCCCGCCGGCCUCCGCAACGGCACCGGCAGCCGGGCGGCCGCGGGGCCCCCCGCCUGGGCCCUGACGACGCAUCUCCCCACGCUCAAAGUCAUCGUGAUUUGCACCUGCGUGUUGACGGGCGCCCUCAUCAGCUGCCUGCUCGCCAAAGUCCUCAGAUCCGGGAGGAGGAUCAGAAAAACCCGCAAGUACGACAUCAUCACGACGCCCGCAGAGCGAGUGGAGAUGGCCCCCCUGAACGACGACAACGAGGACGAGGACGACUCCACCCUGUUUGACGUCAACUACAGGUGAAUUCAGCGCCGACUCAAAUGUGACGGCGACGACGUUUCCCCUUCCGGAUGGAGACCCGCGUGACGAAUCCCCGUUUUUGUCACGUGGGAAUAACACGUUGAUCCGCAUUCGUGGUACACACACGCACACACACUGAUACCAUCUUCGUCAUAACUCUGAUGGAGAGCCGCUGGAAGCCAUGCGCAAAACACUAUCAACAAUUUGUACACGCAUUUUUUUUUUUUUUUUAAUUUGAUUUCCAUGGCAAAUAUGUCUACUAACCAGUCUUUUUGCGCACACAAGGCUCACUGUUAUUAGCAAUUGGGUAAGCCUUUAUUAUUAUUUUUUUUAUUAUACUAUAUGUGAUCUUUCUGAUUUACUGCAGUAGCUUGCAUAUCUGAAUAAUAGAAUUCUGUAAUAUUUUGUAGAGGACAUCUGUUUUGUGUUUAAGUCUGUUAUCCAUAUUUGAAGUUAUGAGCACAUCAAGGUUGUCUUUAGUAUUUUGAAUUCAAACAAAAAAUGUGAUUAAAUCAUUGCAAAGGGUGGUUGGUGCAAGAGUAUGAAUCCAGAGGUGUAAACCAUAGUGUUUAAAUACACAAAACUGUUUCGUGAUGGGCUUAUCCUCAUCGGGGUAAGACACAUUUGAGGAACUUUUCACUUUAGAACACAAACUGUGAACUGUGUAGUUUAUUGUUUGCCUGAUAGCAUCACUGCCGAUGUCAUUUUGAUCUUAUUUUCACAAUAUCACCCCAAAAAUGCCUGGGUGCGGUCAAAAGAAAUACUUUUUUUUAAAAUUAUUAUUAUUAUUAUUUUUUUAUUCAUCCAGGUCACGGUGAUCCGAAAAGUUAGAACCAAGUUUGGUUGUUUUCUUUAAUUUAUGAACUAAUUAUGAAUCAGAAAUCAUGCGUAAUGGGUUUUUCAACUCCUGUUCAUGUUUGGUAAUGGAAAAACGCUUGCAAUAUCUCAACUUUAUCAUUGAAAUGACGAUUUGAAAUUUUGUUACAAAUUAUCACAAAAAUUGUGAAAUUUGAUGGACAUGAUUUGCCCACGCGGGCCACAUAAAAUCAUGCGGCGGGCCGGAUCUGGCCCCCCGGGCCUUGAGUUUGACACCUCUGAUUUAAGCAAUACUAUUGUGCUUACAAUAUCUUCUUAAUCUGUAAGAGAAGCGAGUGAGAGCAAAAGUGAAGGCUUAAAAAUGUGAAUUCCUUCUAAUUUGAUAUUUGCUUCAGUUUAGUGAAUGUAUAUUCCCUAAAAUGUUUCAAUAAGUGAUUAUAAUUGAAUAAAUACAUUUGAAAAAAGCCGCUUUGUUUGAAGUACAAAGAGUCACACGUCCACCACUGCGUCGGCUCUGAAAACAUCAUUUUAAUAACUGAUCUUUAUUUGAUGGCAAAGCAUGUCUAUUCUAUGAAGUUGUUUCUUUGAUCAAAUUUCGAAUGCAUCAUCACAUCAGUGGACAUUUUGUGUCGCGUUUUUGAACAUACAAACAGAAGUACAAAGGUUGAAUGUCUGACAAAUCAUGUUUUGGAUUGUUUAUUAUUGAUUUUUUUUUUUUUCUUUUUUUAAAUACACAACCACUAUUCAUUCCAGUAUUGCCUCGCGGUCGAAUCGAUACCUGGAAUGUGCAGCGCAUGUAAAGUGGUUUUGCCCAACGAUGUCACGCUGGGAGAAAACCAAAAAUUGUUCAUCCAGUGAAUGUUUAGAGCUCGUGCGCCUUCGUCAUAAAAUCACGUGACUUUCGUUUACGUCGCCAUAUUGCCGGUCAAGCUAAGCAUUGCUCAAUGCUAAGUCGGUUGGAGACGACGCGAAAAUAUGUCUUGUAGCACGACGCCCAGAGUCUUGUCCGAUACCGUUAGACAUUUAGAAGGUGAAAAAAUUAGGCAUAGAGGACCCGUAUUUGAUGCCGAAGUCGAUGUAGCGUAGAAAAGUCUGGACGCAUACGAAUACUUUGUUCCUGGAUCUGUUCUCAUCAUAGUGACGGUUUUGACAGCUCGUGAACGCGGAAGUGUGUUCGGCCACACGUUAACCUUUGCUGGAAUCCAUCGAUCUUUUUAGCUAGUAAUCAAUACAAAAUGCCAAUAUUUAAACAAAUGACCAUUAACUAUGAUUGGGGAAAAAAAUUUAGCACAGGGAGUCGGCUCCUCCGUACACGGAAGCGUACUGCGGCCACACGCACACCUCCGUAAACCUCUCUCUCUCUUUUUUUUUUUUUUAAACACGCAUUGUUCUCAAAUGAGCCAAUUUGGCAUUAUAAAUACUUUUUGGUAAUUUGAGAUUAAGAAGAAUAAUUCCUACCUGAAAUGAAGCGAUCGCUAAACAGGGGUGUGUGUAUUUUGGUUGGGCAGCAUCCAUCACGUUUAAUUGCGGAAGUCCAUCAAUAUUUUCUGGUCUUUUCAGCUGGUAUUCCAUAGAAUGAUCUCUUUAAAUAUCUUCUCUCGUUUGUUGUGACAACCAACAGCACGACAGUUCUCGGGUAUUGUAAAUAUUCUCCUCCGGUUCAAUGUCGAGCAGCUCCGUUUGACCUGCAAUAUGGCGCCAUAAAAACGGCGACGUCACGUGCGCGAGCUCUAUAGUAGGAUUCCAUUUGACUCUGCGUACAGCAAACCUUCUUGUAUAACAAUCGGUUAUGACGUGUUCUUUUCGACGAGCGUGGCAAAUUCAAUGAAGCCUGUUAACGGAGUUUAAAAGGCCUUCGCGUUCCAGAAGAGGAUUUGAAGCGGCGCCACAAGGGCCUCCUCUGUUUCCAUGUCUGUGAAAUAAAAACACUUUGAACUGU